CCCGAUACCCUCUUCUUUUUCCCCUCUUCCUUUCCCAUUUCAAAUUCAGUACCCAAGAUUUCGAAUUUGGAGCCACUCACUGCGCAGCAACGCUGGCUCUGCUCGACCCGAUACCCUCUUCUUUUUUCCGCUCGGAGUAUUUCCUAUUGCAAGUCCCACAACGCCGCCAGUCUCAGUCGGGGCACGUAGCCGUCCGCCUAGUUUAUCUGAAUCUCUCUCUCUCUUCUCGCGCAUUCUCUCUCUCAACCCCUUCUCCCUCCACGUCAAAUCCCGUUGAGCUGGUGUCUGGAUUUCCCCAAAUUAUGCAAUUACGGAAUUGUAUAUUUUGGGCCAUCUGUGCAAAACUGCGUGCUUGAUGUUCUACCACUGACUUUUUGGGUUCUGGAAGUUUUUGUGCAUAAUAAAAAUAAAUAGAGAGUAGGGACCAUAUUCUGCAUUGUAUUGUUUUAACUUGUUCGUGACUCAGCUUUGUCAAGUUGAAAUGUGUAUCUGUCGCCACGGUUCGACGAAGCUUUGAUGAUUUUGGCUGAGAUGAAGCUGGGGCAGUAUAAUCAUUUGUGCUCUGCCUGAUGUAUUUGCAUAGGCUGAUAACAGUUUCUGCAAGAAAUAGAAAUUGACUUUGAUGCCUGAACUCUGAACUGGGAAGUAGAUAUCCAUAUAUCAUCCUCAUGAAAAUAAAAGACUAGAGCUUUUUACCCAAAGAGCUUUUUACGCGAGGCGAGGGACUCUUGCAAUGGCCGGGAUUGUGAAACCGCCAGGCGCGUUCGCAAUUACCCCGCACAAAGUCUCCGUAUGCAUACUUCUUCAGAUCUAUGCUCCGUCCGUGCAAAUCUCGCUGCCGUUCCCUUUCUCCUCCGUCGCUCAGCACAACCGCCUUGGCCUGUUCCUCUUGGCUCUCACUAAGUCGUGUGACGAUAUUUUGGAGCCGAAACUGGAUGAACUCAUUAGACAAUUGAGGGAAGUUUGCGGCUUGUUACAUGAUUGGUUUAUUGAUCAUUUAACAAGCAGGUUAUCGUCCAUAUCGUCACCUGAUGAUUUGUUUAACUUCUUUACUGAUAUGCGAGGGAUCCUUGGGGGCCCGGAAUCUGGCGUUAUGGAAGAUGACCAGGUUAUUUUGGACCCUAGUAGCAAUCUGGGGAUGUUUCUCCGUCGUUGUAUACUUGCCUUCAAUCUGCUAUCAUUUGAGGGUGUGUGCCAUCUACUGACAAAUAUAGGGCAUUACUGUAAAGAAGCCCUCUCAAGUUGUCCUUCUUAUGAGGCAGCUUGUUCAGAAGAUUCCAAUAGCAAUUUGGAGGCGCUUUUAGAAUAUGAAAACAUGGACCUGGAGAAUUUGGUCUUUGAAAAGGUCACGGAAGAAAUUGAAGCGAGAAAAAGUGCCAGUGAAACAGUUCCGUUUCAUCUUCAUGCACCACAAACAUUUUUUGGGUUGGUUGAAGGUCACGACCUACGACGUAAGAUUGUGGAAGCAGCACUAAGAGAUAUUGAGGUUCUUGUUGAUGUGAAACCCAAACAAGGGGACAAAGAUAGAGAGGCUUCUUCAUAUGUGCAUCCUCCAAACGAUACAUCACGAGAUUUUGAGCCCAAUUGUGGGAUAUUCCUAAGAUCAAACUGGCAGAUACAAGGAUACUUACAAGAGCAGGCUGAUGCAAUUGAAAAGAAUGGAAGCUGUGUCUCUUUAAAUUCUUUUGAACUUAUUUUAAGGCGGCUUCAUAAAUUGGCACCUGAGCUGCAUCGUGUCCAUUUUUUGCGUUACUUGAAUAGUCUUUGUCAUGAUGAUUAUUUUGCUGCUUUGGAGAAUCUUCAUCGCUAUUUUGAUUACAGUGCAGGGACAGAAGGAAUUGAUAUUGUUCCUCCUGCAUCUGGUUGCAAUAAUUUUGGACGAUAUGAAAUUGCUUUAUUAUUUCUAGGGAUGAUGCAUUUCCGGCUUGGGCAUCCAAAGCAAGCUUUGGAGGUUUUGACUGAAGCAGUUUGUGUUUCUCAACAGCAAAGCAAUGACACUUGCCUUGCAUUCACUUUAGCAGCUGUCUGCAACAUGUUGUCUGAAAUUGGUGUCUCAAGUACAUCUGGGAUACUUGGAUCAUCAUUCUCACCUUCGACCAGUAUCGGUAUUUCACUCUCUGUCCAGCAACAAUUGUUUGUCCUUCUCAGAGGAUCUCUGAAGAGAGCGGAAAGUCUAAAGUUGAAACGCUUGGUGACUUCUAAUCGUCUUGCAAAGGCUAAAUUUGAUUUGACGCAUGUGCAAAGACCUCUACUAUCAUUUGGUCCCAAAGCUUCCAUGAAGCUUAAAACAUGCCCAAUCAAUGUUUGCAAGGAGUUGAGGUUAAGUUCUCAUUUGAUUAGCGAGUUUGGCUCAGAAAGUUCUACAAUGACAACGGAUGGUGCUUUUAGUACUGUCUGGCUUAAGAAUUUACAAAAUCCAUUGGGUUCAGUAGUAUCGUCGCAAGAGAAUGGAUCUGGAAGCAAUACCAAUGCUUUCCAGUUUUAUGCACAGCCAAGUUCCAUUCCUGGAUCGGUACUGCAAUUAAUAGGUUCUUCAUACUUACUCCGAGCCACUGCAUGGGAGAUAUAUGGCAGUGCUCCUCUUGCUCGAAUAAAUGCGCUGAUUUAUGCAACUUGCUUUACUGAUGCUUUGAGUUCAUCUGAUGCUGCUCUAGCAUAUGUGAAGCUUAUCCAACAUUUAGCAGUUUUUAGAGGAUACAAAGAGGCUUUUGCCGCUAUUAGAAUAGCGGAGGAGAAGUUUUUAUCUGUAUCAAAAUCACGAAUCUUGCUACUGAAAUUGCAGUUGCUCCAUGAGCAUAAUUUACAUCUAGGAAAUUUGAAGCUGGCACAAAAAGUAUGCGAUGAACUUGGAGUUCUGGCUUCAUCAGUCACUGGUGUGGACAUGGAGCUGAAGACAGAAGCAAGCCUUCGCCAUGCUCGUACAUUGCUUGCUGCCAACCAGUUCAGUGAGGCUGCUGCAGUAGCACACUCCCUCUUUUGCAUGUGUUACAAAUUCAAUCUGCAGGUUGAGAACGCUACUGUUCUUCUUUUGCUUGCCGAAAUCCAUAAGCGAUCGGGAAAUGCUGUUCUAGGUUUGCCAUAUGCAUUGGCAAGUCUCUCAUUUUGCCAGUCAUUUAACUUAGAUCUUCUAAGAGCAUCAGCCACUCUCACUCUGGCAGAGUUGUGGCUCUCACUUGGAUCAAACCAUGCGAAAAGAGCUUUAAGCCUUAUACAUGGGGCUUUCCCUAUGAUUCUUGGUCAUGGAGGUUUGGAGCUUUGUGCUCGGGCUUACAUUGCAGAAGCAAAGUGUUACCUGUCUGAUCCAAGCUUUUCAGUUUUUGAUAAUCCUGAGGUCGUACUCGAUCCUUUGAGACAAGCUUCUAUUGAACUUCAAGUGUUGGAGUAUCACGAAUUGGCCGCCGAGGCUUUCUAUUUGAUGGCCAUUGUAUUUCACAAACUGGGACAAUUUGAGGAAAGGGAAGAAGCCGCGGCUUCAUUCCAGAAGCACAUGAUGGCGCUGGAGAAUCCUCAACAGGAGCAACGUUUUCUCUUCAGCAUCUGAUGAAGGCAGACAAAGUCAGUUUUUUUAAAAUCAUUCUUGUUCAUUAUUCGUGUAUAAAACUAUGACUACACACCGUAAUUGGUAGAGAAAGUAUUUAUUUUGUACUUAUUUUCCAUAGUAUUAUUUUUACGAAACAUGUCGAUGUCUAUUGCCUCUAUUCAAGAAAUCUUCACUCUGAUA